UUCCCAUCCGCACAAACCUUUUUAACAUUCCUUCUUCUCCCCAUCCCACAUCAGAGGUCUACUUUUACAGUAGUACAUCAUUUCUCGAGGUUGCUCUGUUGUGGUUACUGUCUCCGCAACGACAACCCAACUCACCAAAAGUGGCUGAUAAGUAGAGCUGGUUAGCAGACUGUAUUCGACAGCGGUCGCGCCGGUUCAAAGGACAGACAAAGGGGAUCCACGCAGAACGAAACGGAGGAAGCUGACGACAGCCUGGACCUUUCCUGCCCUCGACAGAUCCUCCCGCCCACGACUUCACCCAGUACAUAAGAGGCUUCAUUCGAUUGACUGCCAUUUACAAAGUCGCAUUCUACUGCAGUUCUUUGCAGUUUUUCUCUUCUCGACUCGACGGCCUCACUCUUGUAGCGGCCUCAGUCUUCCUACGGGUUCUUCGGAAUUUGCUCUGUUGCUGGAAUAUUGCCAGAGCGAUCCGAAGUCUCCUUCUUUGUCGUUGCCCAAUUCUCCGAAAUCAACUGAAGAGAAAAGCGCCGCAGGCACUCAUCUUGAUGCUUUCUUCGUAACGACGACAAUCCCCCUCCCCCUACCCCACUCACGGCAUCCUACUACCGCAGCAGCUUUAUAUACACUCUCGAUUCGCGGCACACCAGUCGCGGGAAUGCCUUACACACCUCCCACCCACCGCUCUCCCGCAUCCUCCCAGCCCUCAUCUCCCGAUGCUAGCCGCAGGUCGUCGAUAGCAAGCGGGGGCGCCCGGCCGUCACUCCCACGAUCGGCAUCCUACCUGAGCAGACACCGUCGCACUCCGUCAGCCCCUACAGGACAAAAUGGACACCCAACCCCCGAGUCAACAUCAGAGGAUCUCAAGGCGAUGUUGGCGGGCAGCGUCAGGAAGUCGCCACCACCAGUGACAGAUGGACUGGGCAUGCCCAAUGGUGCGAUCCUUUCGCCGCCCGAAUCGACGGCCAGUAGUGACGACGACGAGACACCUGAGGUCCGGGGAAGGACGCUAGAAAACCUGAAGGAGCUUCAGGCUGCCAUAAGCCAGAUCCCUCAGCAUCGCGAGAGCUCUCCUACGAAAUGUAGCAAACCAACUAAUGUUACGGUGAUCAUUCCACCAACUCAUCAGCCUCAGAGUAACCAGGGCUUCCACCACAGCUUUAGCACCGGCUCUCUGGAGAAGCUUGGCAAGAGAAACUCCCACUCUCGAUCCAAGACUGAAUCGAGUGUGCAAUUGCAGGUAGACAACUCUACUACCGCUUCAGAUGUGGACUCCGAGGAAGAGCUUCUGCUUAAGAAGCCGCAAAUGGUCAGGAAGAAAUCUGGAGAACUUGUCAGGCCCGCUCUUCGCCCUUCUUCGCGGAGACGCCCUUCCAGCAUGCCAGGCACGCCGACAUUUUCCAAGGCCGUCCAUUUCGACUCGCAUUUGGAGCAUGUGCGGCACUUUUUGCAGGUUGAUCGGCCUCUCGCUGUCAGCGCUGGGUCUUCGCCUGCCGAUACUUACAACAGCGACAGCGAGUUCCCUUUCAACGCUAGUGAGGAUCGGUCAGGCACCAGGUCUCCUCCCUACGAGUGGGAAAUCAUCGUCACGAAUUUCCCUGUGGAGACCGCUGCCAGGAAGGCGUUGCCCCUGAGAUUGGAGCGUGUGUGGCUCUCGUCGGAUCAGAAGAGCCUGGUCGGAUCGGUUGCCGUAGCCAACCUGGCAUUCCAGAAGCACGUCACCUGUCGAUUUACCUUUGACUACUGGAAGACGACAUCCGAGGUAGCUGCUGAAUUUUCAACCGAGAUCCGGCCCAAAGAGAGCGACGUGGGCCACGACAGGUUCAACUUUAGCAUCAAGCUCUCUGAGCUUGCCAACUUGGAGUCCAAGACUCUGUACUUCUGUGUCCGUUACAACGUUAAUGGCCAGGAAUACUGGGACAGCAACGGAGGUGCAAAUUUCCAAGUUGACUUCCGCAAGAAGAUGCUUCCCCAGAUGGGCAAGCGUGGUUACCAAGGUGCAUCGACUCGGUCGAUUGGUGACCUUCCUCGUAGCAACCGUCGCAGCAAUUCCUCGCUGGCUCCACGACCGAAGUCACUCCCAAUCAGCAACGAGUUCGGUGAGAAUGGUGCGUUUGACAAAUCGCUCCAAGAUUACUUGGGUGACGAUGCUGGCCCGCUUCGCCUCAAAGGUGUCAAGUCGACGACAAGCCUUCCUAGCGAUAACCUCACCGGGCGGCUUUCGGCGCCAAGCGGGCAGGCUUUUGCCAACCGGUACGAUUUCGGUGCAUCACUUAACACGGCCAUCCAAGCAGCCAAGCAGACCUCGCCUCGUCCCAAGGGCGAUGGCUUGUACAUGAAGAGCAACACCCGAGGCAGCAUCAAACCGGCACCGAGGCCUACUUUUGUCACUCCCCCUUCGGGCCCCCAUACAAGCGGUGCCUCGCAGCCAUCGACGCUGGGUUCUAUGCCCAAGAAGGAGACUUCACAAGCCACUAACGAGCAAACGUCAUCGGCCUUUUCGGCAUCGCAAACAACCGCCCCGAUCUUGGCAUCCUCUUCAUACGAGGAGUUAGUCAACAAGUACUGCUUUUUUGGCUCUAAGCAAUCGAGCCCGCAGCUCAACGACGGCACCAUGAAGGGCGGGCGUCUUGACGGCACUGGAGACGACUACUCGGUACGGUCAGCUCAGAGCUCCAACGAGUCCAGCUUAGUCUCGAGCCCGCUUCAAAUGGCCAGCUUCAACCGAAGCCAUGCCGUCAAAGCGCCUCAGAAUGCCAUCCGACGUGACCUCAAUCCGUACUUUCCCAGCACGACCACCUUCGCCCUCGCCCCCUCUCCGGCGAUGUCACCUCUGCAGCAAUCGAUCGAACGCAGCCCAUCGCCAUCGCAAAAUCUAACGCAGCAAUCGAUUCAAACAAAGCUGUCCAGCAGGUCGACGUCGCCGGCAUCCAUGGCGGGAGGGUACCCUCAGUCCAUGACCGGUACGUCGUCGCAUAGCAUGCAGUACCACCAGCAUUUCCACGAUCGGUUCCCAUUUGGCGGAGCGGAGACUCACGCUGCGACAGCGAUUAGGGGUUGAUAUACUGAAAGUUCUUUUGACACCUCCGGUAGAAGACCGUGGAGACGAUCAAUCAGCGCAGCUUCCAGGACGUCCAACACUUCGAUUAUCCAGGCAGAAAAUGAAUCGACCUUGACAAACAACAAACAAUAACCUUUAUAUACAACUCAAUAACAAAGUGCACAACGAUUGCACAUACAUCUGACCGUCGUGCCUGGCUGCACCCAGGCUCGGCAUAUACAACCCUUUCAACAAUAAUCAAGCAACCUCACCGCAUCAGAAUGAUUCGGUACAGGCUCUGCCUAUACAUGAUCAUCGUGUCAUAUCUCAUAUACUCAAAGACACGAUCCGCCUUUGAGAGAAGGCAGUUUUAUGCCGGCAAAAGAAUGGCGUUAUUUUAAUGCAUAAUUUUCUAUGUCGCUUUCUCUUUGUUUGCCGGCGUUUGUAUCCUUUUAUUUCCUUUCUCAUGGUCUGCUUUUGAUAUCUAUCGCAUCAGAACACCACUCAGCUCAAUCUGCUUUGUUAGUUCAGUCUUGGUGCUGCUUUUGUUUUAUUGGCUUGCGAGGAGUUGACAUCAUUAUGCCUUUCUUGGAUUCUUUUAUCAGCUGUCGUUUUACCUCGAGUUUCCUUUUUGGCUUUUGCUUUUAGUCUUCUGCAUGGGAUUUCACACUGCUCUGUUUACAGGGGCGCCUGAAAACCCAAGGCCAAAAAAGGGGUGGGUUUGCACUUUGGAGUUCCGGAGCCUUUUGAUUUUUGUUUUCUAGGCCACAACAAAUACUGUUCGUUGUCUAUGGAUGCGUAGUGAUUGUCCGCAAUGGGACGUGGAUAGUAUUGGUUCGACAUGGGCUGGAGGGGAGGAAAAUCAUCUUGCUUGGUGUCAUUACUCAAAGGACCUCUUAAUUGAACGUCUUUUCCGUGUGACUCAAGGCUGAUGAAAUGGCAGAAGGCGGCAGACGAGUGGACGUUAAAAAGUCUUCGAGUGACGCCGUGCUGCGAAUGUGCAUUUACAUUUUGUUUGCGCAUUACAGCAGAGCAAGUUUAUCCUUUUGUCAGUGUUUUGCGAUAGUUAAGUUUAGGGUUGGGGAAAGACAAAAGAAACAUCAGGCAUAUUUAUACACCCAGCGUCUGCC